UUGAUGUUUUUGUUUUUUUCUUCAGCCAGUGUUGGGGCCUGCUUUCCGAAGCAAGACCCGGAGCGUGGCGGAGGUCACAUGAUCUCCACCGAUGACCUGGAGUACCCACGUGAAUAUCGCACGCUGGGAAACAGCGGGCGGCGCUUCUCCAAUGUGGGGCUGGUCCACACCUCUGAGCACCGGCACACGGUCAUCGCCGCCCAGAGCCUGGAGGCCCUCUCCAACCUGCACAAGGCCGACAUGGAACGCAAGCGGGAUGCCUUCAUGGACCACCUGAAGAACAAGUACCCUCCCCAGCACUCCCUACCACCCUCUCCAUCCCCCUCGCAUGGCAGCAUGAGGGGCACCGCAGAGAGAAGCGCACGUGAACAGCAACAGCCAAACUACUGGAGCUUUAAGAGCCGUAGUCCACGUCACUCCCAGUCCACUCAGUCAGGUUUGGCAGACCAGGCGUCUAAACUGUCCUUCGCAUCUGCUGAGUCUCUGGAGACCAUGUCUGAGGCCGACAUGCCGCUGGGCUUCAACCGCAUGAACCGUUUCCGUCAGAGCCUCCCACUCUCCCGCUCUGCAAGCCAGAAUAAACUACGCUCUCCAGGUGUCCUUUUCCUGCAGUUUGGCGAUGAGACCAGACGUGUUCAUAUCACUCACGAGCUCAACAGUUUGGACACCUUGCACGCACUUAUCGUGCACAUGUUCCCUCAGAAGCUGACAGCGGGAAUGCUGAAGUCCCCGAACACGGCCAUCUUGAUCAAAGACGAAGCGAGGAAUGUCUUCUACGAGCUGGAGGACGUGAGGGACAUACAGGACCGCAGUAUCAUUAAAAUCUAUCGCAAAGAGCCCAUCUAUGCCUCCUAUCCUGCGGCACAUCUGGCCAACGGAGACCUCAGGAGAGAGAUGGUUUACUCAUCCCGGGACUCAUCACCUACCCGUCGCCUCAACACUCUCCCUUCCUCCACUGCCUCGCCCUCCUCCAGCUCUCCUUCUCGAUCUCGUCUCUCCUACAGCGGAGGUCGGCCCCCCUCUUUCGCUGGUCCGGGUCACCCUCACUCACAGGGUCCCCAGCAUCCGUCCCACUCCCACCACCCUUCGCCCUCUCACGGACAGGCUCAAGGCCUAACCCCCUCCUCCUCGGCCAUCCUGGAGCGGCGUGAUGUCAAACCCGACGAGGAGAUGUCUGGUAAAGGCAUGGUCCUCCUAAAGAAUGAAGGUCUUUAUGCUGAUCCGUACAGCUUGAUGCACGAGGGUCGGCUUAGUAUCGCUUCUACUCAGUCCCUGGCCACCAUUGCCGACCCCUUCGGCUUCCCGGUGUCAGGAGGUCUGUACCGCAGAGGGUCGGUGCGGUCUCUCAGUACAUACUCAGCUGCGGCGCUUCAAAGCGACCUGGAGGACAGCCUGUAUAAGCCUGGAGGUUCUCUAUACUCCGAUACCUACAGCAGCUCCACGCUCGGCAUGGGCUUUCGUCUGCCGCCUUCCUCCCCACAGAAGAUUCCCGACGUGCAGCUGAGGGACAGGGAUUCGUUCACUGGGUCUCCCAGCCGAGGGUCACCUGUGAGAACCACCUUCCGCAAAGACUCGGCUUCCUCUUCGGUGUUUGUGGAGAGUCCGAAGUCCAGACCCAGCUCCAGUUCUGAACCCCUAGGAGAUGGGAGUAAGGGACCUGGAUUUGGGUCGUCAUUAUCUGGGGGCGAGACGGACACACGCAGGGAUCGUAUGGAGGCAAUGGAGAAGCAGAUAGCCAGUCUGACUGGACUGGUUCAGAGCGUCCUAACCCGAGCACCAGACAGUGACAGCACAUGCGGCCUGCUGCGUCUCUGCAUGAUGGCGGGCUGCCCUCCGGACCAGGGGGCGGACUUUUCACGGCCCUUCCCUUUCUCUUCCAGCAAGAAGACCGAAUCCACCAGCGACGGCUCCGCCACAGGAACUGGCCGGCUGAAGAAGAAAGCGCUGACUCCAUCUGCCCCGCUGGCACUGAUGCCUCCGCCUUCAUCUGGAGGCUCUCAGGCUUCCACCGUCUCCAGGCUACAGAUGCAUCUUCACCUGCACGACCUACAACAGAACGCCACCGAUCUGCGCAAGCAGCUCGCACAGCUCCGUAAAAUGCAGUUGCAGAACCAGGACUCCAUGCGCAGUCUACUGAAGAGGACCGAGGCAGAGCUGAGUCUGCGUCUAUCAGAUGCGCUGAGAAAACAGGAAGACCCUCUCCAGAGACAGCGCCUCCUAGUGGAAGAGGAGAGACUCAAAUACCUGAACGAGGAGGAACUCAUCAUACAGCAACUGCAUGAUCUGGAAAAGUCAGUGGAGGAAAUCAAGAAGGAGAUGUCUGUCAGUCACCGACAUGUGACAGUGCAGGAGCUGGAGGAGAAAAGCUCGCUGCUGAGGAAACUGGGAGAGACUCUCACCGAGCUGAAGAAUCAGUUCCCGGGGCUCCAGAGUAAAAUGCGAGUGGUGUUGCGAGUGGAAGUGGAAGCGGUGAAAUUCCUGAAAGAGGAGCCACACAGACUGGACGCUCUGCUUAAACGCUGCAGAUCUAUCACAGACACUCUCACCACGCUGAGGAGGCAGGUGAAUGAAGGAGUGUGGAAGACCCAGGAUGAGUAUUCCAGCCCCUUUCCUAAACUCGGAGGAGGGGAUGAGUACAGGAAGAACACAGACUUUAAUAUUCCAACCAGUCCACCGCUAAACCUCAAUGAGACCAGCCUGGCUAACUGGAGCCCUCACUCUGGUCAAGGCCACAGCCACUCGAACCCUUCUAGUGCACAGCGUGAGAAAGAUUCUCAUGGGAUGGUGGGCUCGUUGAAGGGGCGAGAGCUGGGCGAGCUGGGAGGUCGAGGAGGGUCUGAUAAGGCCUCAUCCGUGGAAGUGAGACUGGCAGCAGAGCGGGAUUGGGAAGAGAAGAGAGCCAGUCUAACACAGUACAGUGCUCAGGACAUUAAUCGACUGUUGGAGGAGACUCAGGCUGAGCUCAUGAAGGCCAUUCCUGACUUGGACUUUGCUGCCAAGCAGAUCAAACCUGCUCAGAACCAGAUUCAAAACCAAAACCAGAGCCAGAGUCCAUCUAGCACCAAUGCCACACCUGAACACAAGCCUAAUAAACCUCAGAAUAAACUUUCCAGUAAAGACAGCGGAUCCAGACGAGGCUCGGAUGAACUGACGGUGGCGAGGUAUCGAACGGAGAAGCCCUCAAAAUCCCCCCCUCCUCCACCUCCCCGCCGGAGUUUCCCCUCCUCCCCUGGCCUGACUACACGCAGCGGAGAGAUGAUCAUUCCUGGAAAGAGUAUAAAGUUGAUCGCAUCUAAGGGUGGUGAUGAUCACUUCAGUGAUUUUACAGAGAAAUCUCUGAUGCAGCACGGGAUGUCCUCCACUCCAGUUCCCCAGAUAGUCUUAACCGAGUGUAACUCUCUCCCCAUGUCCCCCUCUGAGGACUCAGCAGAGACCCGGCGGUCUGACAGCAAGCAGACAGUUAAAGACAAUAACACUGGAAAUGACAUCAGAGUAAGUUACUUCAGCCACAUUGUGAGGACUCCCCGUCUGCCGCUAUGGAAACAAGACUUGUCAGCCAGCCAAAAAGUCCCUCAAUCACAAGACUUGGAUGCAGCCCAGAGGGAACUCCAGAGUCCCGUCCAGGAUGUGACCCAGUCGUGCCCACCCUUAACAAGCGAGAGAGCAAUUAAACAGCCCCUGAGGAGGGAGCCAAGGGUUCAGGAGUCUCUCGAGGCGGCGACAGGAAAGAAAGAAGAGCGAACGAGAAAGUCGGACACUGCAUUGUCUGUCUCGCCGCAAAACGGGCCCGUAGAGACAUCUCAAGUGGGUUUGAUCUGCACUCAAGGCGUUGGAGGGGAAAAGGAAGACAUCUGCCACAGCACGUUCCGUCGUCUGGACAGUCUGGAGGAAACCAUCCGUGAGCUGGAGCUCAGCCUGAUGGAGUUCAGCACUGAUCCUCACACAGGGAAUAUCUUCCCAGCGUCCGUCCAGACGCAGAGAUCCGGCAGCACUCGACAUACAGCAGACAGAGGAGACACAAACAAACCCGCUGUCCCACCUAAACCAUCCUGCAUCAGCACAUCCACAGCCAAGACUGGCGGUGGAAAGGCGUUGUCUCGUCUCAAGCACCUGCAGCAGAGCGGAUUAGAAAAGAGCAAAACAAGCAAACAGAAAGAGGACUUCCUUAAGAACCAGGGUCAACAGCAGGCUCUGAGUCUGAACAUCAGCAGAGCCAGAGCAGCAGAGUCACUCCUCGCAAGCACCAGAGCCGCAAGCUUCUCCGGCCACCUGCCCUCCAGAUUGGGAAAGUACCCCCAGGAGGGGGCACUGUCCUCCUUGACGGCCUCCUCCAACCAGGCCAAAGCGCUUCUGGCUAGCCUUUCCGCAUCCAGCCUCUCGGCUGAGGCACUCCUGUCAUCCACCUUAAGACAACACCGGUUUCUCAGAGAGCAGAACUUCAAGUCCUCAAGCCUUCCUCUUCCCAUCUCCAAUGGCCGCUCCCCUCCCUCUCCGACUUCGCCUACUUCCUCUUCCUCGCCCUCAUCUCCCUCCGCUCUCACCUCACUGAGUCCGUCCUCGCUGGCCCUGAAACCCUCUGCCACCGGCAGCUUGGAGCGGAACAAGACUGAACCCAAGACGGCGACUCCAGACGAUAGUGAUUAAGGAGGAUGUGGCUGGAAAUGAUCCAUAUAUAGGAUGUGGACAGCGCAAGUAGAUGAAUUGAAAUGUUACUAACCUAAAAGAAAGUUUUUUUUGGAGGCUUAGUUUCUAAAGUGUUUUGUUUCCCUGACUAUCCCUACCAAGACGCCUUGCGGAGAACAGUGACGUAGGGCACGGAGGCGGAUGACUUACCGCUUUGCAUCAUAGGUUCACUCUUCUUCAGUUUGUGAACAGAUCCAAACUGUAAACCAUACCUACUCUGUGUUUCUGCCAGUUCCCCAAACUAGAGAACCAACAGAUGGGCUUGGAUACUCACCACCAGCCUGUUUCCAGCUCCACUGCACAGCCAGCAUCACACCACCCACGGGAGGCCUGGGGAAGGACCAAACCCAAACCCUCAUUCAUUUGCCAAAUCUCACAUGUUGGAGAUCUAGCUGAGUUCGGUAGAUGUCCAUCAAGUGUAAAAUCAAGACUGUAAGACUAUGUAAAACCAAGUAGAGUUGCAAUAAUCGAAAGUGAGUACUUUAGUAGUCGGUGUUUGUCGAGAAGUUUUAUUGCUCAUAUCUAUAUCAACGAAAGGAAUGUUAAAAAAAAUAACAGCAAAAGCUUAAUGUUAAGGCAGCAUCGCUCGUUCUAAUGUAGAUUUUGGCUAUCAGUCGUACUACUAAAGGAAAAUAACUGAAAUUGGUGCUAUGAUUAACAUUUUGAUGAUUAUACACCUCCUUAAAGGGAUAGUUCAUCUAAAAAUUAAGGUUCUGUCAUGAUCUACUCAUUCUUGUAUUGUUGCAAAUGUCUUGGUUUAUUGUUUAUACAAUGGAAGUCACUGGGGUCUAUACAUUGCUUCGGACUCCACUGACUUUAAUUGUGUGGACAAAAACAUUCUUCAAAAUAUCUUCUUUUGUGUUCUACAGAAGAAAGCAAUUCAUGCAGAAUUUUCAUUUUCCAAAGAACUAUUCCUUUGAUAUACAUACACUGCCUAAGAGUCUAUUUUUGUUCUCAUUUGCACUCAAAUAGGUCUUCAUACAGCCAUUUUACAUGUUUGCUCUAACUUAGCACAAGUUGUCAUGGCAACAGAGGAAUUGUGGGAAAGUGGAGGGCUGCCUGCUUUUUGAAUCACUUAUUAUGGGAUGGUGUUGUUAGGCUAUUGUUUUCUUAAGUUCUUAACAGUCACAGUUUUCCUACAUAAGGAUAUAGGAUACUCCCCUGUUCUUGUCAUUAAAGAAGCACAAGAAGCUAGAGAAAGUACAAUAAUCUGACAAUCAUCAAACAUUCGGCACAAUCUGUCUUAACCUUUGGGCCUCCCAGAUUGUGAAACCGAAUUCCAAUUUAAAAUGAACAAACAGAUGGUUAGGUUCACCAUGUAGGGGUUGCACAAGCAAGAAGACUGAGGGUAAUUCCACAACACGUAUGCCCGUGGACGUGAUCCAUCGAGUGGAAGACAUCUGUGCGGUAGAGCAUUCCAACUCAUCCUUUCUUCUAAUGAGCCAGUCAAACCCUCCGCUUACUUUUCUGUCAAACCACAGA